AUGAUUUCUUUGCAAGACUAUCACAUUGGUCUGUGCUGUGACAACACUAGAGGGCUGAAACCGGUUGCAUCUACAGUUUGUAAGCGCCAAGUGUGGGUAGCUCCUCCUCCAAACUUCAUUAAAAUCAAUUGGGAUGCGGUUGUAAACUCCAGUAGAGGUUGUGUUGGUUUCGGGUUGGUGACUAGGAACUAUAACGGUGUUUUUUUUGCUGCAAAAUGUAUUGUGCAAUCUCAGAAAAUAGAGGCAAAAUCAGCGGAGGCCUUGGCCGCUUUUUGGGCAGUUAGAUUUUGCUUGGAGAUGGAGUUUCGUGAGGUAAUCUUUGAGGGAGAUGCGGCUCAGGUGAUUGAUGAUAUUUGUUCCACUCUACCUCAUCUUUCUAGUUCUGGCCAUAUUAUUGAAAGUAUUGUCCAUGAUACUUAUCACUUGACAUCUGCCAAAUUUGUUCAUGUUAAAAGGGAAGGAAAUGCGGUUCCUCAUGGUUUAGCAAAAUUGGCAGUUGACCAGAAUUUAUCUUCUUGUUGGAUGGUUGAGCCUAUAAUGGAAAACAAUUCAGGAUUUUGA